CGACGACUUUUGUAAGCGUCUCUCUCUAGUGUUUUAUCUCCAGGAUCUUCCUUGUUUCUUAUUCAUGGAUAAAAUUCUUGAGAAUCAUCAGUUUGCAACGCAUUUCGACGACUUUUGUAAGCGUCUCUCUCUAGUGUUUUAUCUCCAGGAUCUUCCUUGUUUCUUAUUCAUGGAUAAAAUUCUUGAGAAUCAUCAGUUUGCAACGCAUGCCAUCGCCGCAUCAGCCUCUGUCUCGGUAGGAACUGCUCUUGCUUACCCUCUUGAUACCAUCAAAACCAUCAUUCAGGUUGGUUCAGGACCGAGUAAGAAGCUAAGCCCUUCUCAAGUCGUGAACAGAGUUUUCCGCGUCUCUGGCUAUUCAGGUCUGUACAGUGGUCUUGGAUGGUUAAGUUUGGGAAGAAUCUCAGGUGUUGGUGCAAGGUUCGGAGUCUAUGAGAUUCUUACAGCUUUCUACAAAGAUGGUCGACAUGGUAACUAUGUGCAAGUCAGUGAAGCCGUCCUGGCAGGGAUGGUGGGAGGUGCGGCAGAAACAGUGAUGACUUCUCCGUUCGAGCUGAUCAAAGUCCGGCAACAAGUGACUGCUGCAUCACGGGCUACUCACGCUACCACUGUUGCAGAAACCGCGCCAGUGGUUUCACCCAUGAUCACAAAACUGCUAAGAAGAUACACUCUUGAUGUGAAGUCCUUGACACAAACCGUCAGGCUCUUAUCCGUUUUGAACCAUAAACACCCAAACAUGGCAGCCGCUUUGCAAGAGUACCCAUGGAUGAUGACUGGAACAGGAAACCCACCAUCAGCCAUGGAUGUUAAGAGACCUCUAGAUGUUGCAUCACUUGAAGGAGUAAGGGCGUUAUGGAGAAAUCUUCGUUCAGGUCUUAUAAGUGAUUGUGUUUACGGUGGAGUUUUCUUCGGAACAUGGCAGUUCCUUCACGAGGCAAUGAUCGGUUGGAAAGCAGUCGGAAUGAAUCCUCUGCCAAGUUCUGAAGAAGAGGUCGGACCUUUAUCUCCGGUGGCUAUUAGCAUUGCCGCUGGAUUUUCCGGUGCCAUUGCAGCUGCAGCAUCUCAUAGCUUUGACUCAGCAAGAACACGUGCUCAGUGUGUAAUAUUGCCAAAGUAUAUAGCAAAGGAGAGGAAGUUUCUGAAAUGGAAUAAACCAGGCAAGAGAUUAGAGAGAUGGACAGGUAUUCAUCCUACAGACAGAAAUCUCUUGUUCAGAGGGAUUGGGACAAGGAUGGCUCGAAGCUCUGUUGCUUCCACUGUUAUUGUUGGAAGCUAUUACUUAGCUGUCGAUCUAUUGGUUCCAAAGUGAUAAGAGGAUUAAUACCUCACACAAUCUACGAAUCUGUCUUAUAAUCGAUACCUCAGCUUCGCUAUUUUGUAAUAGUAACCAUCGUUUUGUUUACAUGACAAACUUCGUGUUUAUGCAUCAUUUCUACUCUUUUAUUUGACAUUAACAAUCAAAUAAUUACAGAAUAGUUGACUGUCCUGUAUACAAUACCAGGAGACUCCUCAUUAACGGCUUAUAUUAUGGAAGCAAACAAGCUUAGAACAUACAUGAAGAUAAAAGUUCAACAUCCAAUAUU